GCAGUUAAAAUUCCUACGCCGGUUGUACCCAAAAAAGUGAAGAAGCAAAUAAUUGUUGAGAUGGAUGAAGCCCUUCCGGAAGGUUUUAAGGAAACAACAGUCCUCGUGGAGGAUGUUCCUGGACGAGCUGAAGAUUCAGAGGUGGUUAUAGCGGCUGGAAAUGUCCCUUACAACCCCUUGGAGAAGGUUGAUGCUUCCAAAUUAGAGCUCUUAACCAAUGUCCUCCACGGUCCGAAUGUGUAAGUAUCGUGCAUUAUCAAAAUUAUCCCUUAAUUGAUACAUUGGUUUUCUAUAACAACCAGUCAUACUAUAAUAUUGGAUAUACAGGAAGCACACUCUUUUCGGGUAUCGCAAAGUGGACAACGAGUUUUUCUCCAUGCUUAUAGCACAAGGACAGUGGGUGGAUAAUAUGGUCUUGGAAAUGCUCGCAAUCUUGAUGUGGCACAAGAACGGUCAACAAAUGAUAGCAAACCGAUGCGUUGUUUUGGACUCCUUCCUGCUUUAUAAGCUUACUAAGCGUGCUGUCAGCUUCAGGAAUUGUAUAAAUAAGCUUGGGUUCAAAUGGGGCGACCGGCUAUACGACAUGGCCAAUGGAAUACACAUACACCGUGAACCUAGUCUUAGGUGGUUCAAGGAUGUCGACGUGGUAUAUGCUCCGAUGAACUGGAAAGGUGAUCAUUGGGUUGGGUUGGCAAUCCACCUCAGAGCCCGGAAUAUAGUUGUCUAUGACGCUCUCAUAGAACACACGCGGGAGUCUGUUGCAUGGUCAAAGAUGCAGCCUGUCUGCGAGAUGAUGCCGUACCUAGUGAGAGCGAUGUGCGCGGAUGUAUUGCCUGAGAAGUACUCAGUUGAACCUUUUGCCUAUGAGAGAAAUGUUAUGGUCGCUCAAAACCCAAGUACAGGAGAUUGCGGGCCUUACGCAAUGAAGUUCUUGGAGUUGCUGGCGUUUGGUAACCCAAUGUCAGACUUGGUGAAUAUUCAAGAAGCAGAUAUGGCCACCUACCGUCAGGUGUACGCAACAGAAAUCUACGAGCACGGCAAGCGCGAGUGUGGUAAUCGGCGUUUAUUGUAAUCAUCCCUGGAUGUUGAAUUAUUUUUAUUUCCUAGUACUUAUUUCCUUAUUUCAACAACCUAAUUAGAACAACGUAAUUAAUUAUGGAGAUCCUCAAAAUAUUUAUGUAAUCGUUAUAACUAUCUUCUCUAAACAAUCUGCACAUCGUACACUUAUUCAAAAACCAA